AUGCACCGUUCUCAAGGUCUUGUGUCUGCUCUGCUGCGCUGCUCGUGUGUGUGUGUGCUCUACAGGUGCAAGGCGGAGGCAACGGGGGUUACCCACUCCAACUCUUCUUCCCCCUCACGAACCCCCCUCCGAUUCCGUCCCUUGGUGUGUGAGCGACAGCUGGCGGACGACCUGCUGGCGGACGACCUGGUGGGCAAGGCGAUGAUUGCAGAGCUGCAGGCAGAUGGUGUGGACACGUCACACAUCAUUGUUGGCAAGGGGGGCAUGUCGCCAUCCACAUACAUCAUUGUUGACCAGCAGACCAACACGCGCACGUGCAUCCACACGCCCGGCUCCCCGCCCCUGCUCCCCUCGGAGCUGUCAGCUGCUGCCUUGACGUCUCUGCUCGCAGGGGCUUCUCUCGCCUACUUUGAUGGCCGCCUGGCUGACACCACCAUUCGGAUAUGCCAACAGGCGGUGGACAUGGGUCUGCCAGUGCUGGUGGACGCUGAGAAGCCCCGAGAGGGUCUGGACGACCUGCUGGCCCAUGCCACAUGGGGGGGAGAUAUCGUGGAGAGCGCCUCGGAGGCACCCAGUGAGGAUGUGGACAAGGCACUACAGUGGGUGAUCAGAGCCGCACAGGAGAAGGGCAGCAAGCAAGGCAACCCUGCGGUCUUCUCCUCUCGGCCCCUGCGUCUGAAGUCCUCGGCACAAGGGACAGAAGUUGCCGCCCAGCUGGUGGCAGCGACAGCUGUGCCGCUGGAGGCAGGGCAGGUGGUGGAUACCACCGGCGCUGGCGAUGCCUUCAUUGGCGCUGUUCUUUAUGCCAUUUCUGCUGGUUUCACUGUUGAUCGCAUGCUCAUACUCGGCGCUACUAUUGCUGCAGCGAAGUGCCAAGCCCUUGGAGCGCGUCAAGGCCUGCCCCGCCGUGAUGACCCUCGCCUCGCGCACCUUCUUGAGCCUGAGCUUGCUGUUGCGUCUGGUUUGUAA